CGAGACUGCAGUGCCUUCGCGGGCCACGGGUCUCGUGUGUUAGAGAGGCACUCCCGACAAGGCGUAAAGAUAUAUCGCGAACGCACAUCAAGAAGCGCUCGGUGUGAAAAUAACUUAGAUCUCACAAUCCUGUUUAGCCUAUCGGCCUCGUCCGAGACCAAGGCCAAGGCGCGCAGCUGGCUCUCGUCGAUCACGAAGUCGGGCGAGGACCGCGCCACCGAGGCCGUCGCGCCGCCCGCCGAGGCCCGCACCGUGGCGACGCCCGAGUCCAAGCCGCCGCCGAUGUCGCGCGCCAAGUCCGUCCGCAAGGCGGCCGCGAAGCUGACGGGCAUGUCUGGAGCGUGACUCGCGGCGUGAAGAAUUAUUCGGCGUACUAAGCGCGCGUCAUUUCCUCGAUGCGCACACAGGUUCUCCGGCAAGAAGAAGGCUGACGCGGUGCCGAAGGCCGACAAGGCGGCCGCCGCCGACGCCAAGGGCCGCGCGCCCACGACGGAGGCCGCGGCCGCGCCGGCGCCGGCGUCGACGAAGGAGGCCGUCAUCGAGAAGGUCGAGGUCGCCACGGACAAAGCCGAAGCAGCGGCGGCCACGAAGGUCGACGAGGCCGCCGCCUCCGCGAAGACGGAGGCCAAGGAGCAGGUCGACGCCGUCUCCGAGAAGUUGGGAGUGGACGCGCCGCCCGUGUCGCUGGACGUCGUCGACGAGGCCGCCGAACUGACCAAGGGCAAGGUCGCCGAGGGCGGCGUCGCGACGACGGACGCGGUCAAGGCGGCCGUCGGCCCGGCGCAGUAGAGAGGUCGAUGGCCCCGACCGUCGCGCGCAGGUCGAGGAGGGCGAGACGGUCGGGGCCACGCCGGACGGGGUCGAGGGCUUCGACUUCGAGGAAGGGAUCGACGAAGGCGACCUGUCGCCGACGACGAAGACGAAGAUCAAGCGCGGCAGGGCCACGCCGCCGCGGCACAAGCUCCCGAUCCUCUUCUUCUGAACGCGACGCCUAACAACGAAUUCACUCGA